AUGGACGGAAGUAUGAUUUUCAAGGAGGAAGAUUUUGUCAAUAACGAGUAUUACGUUUACAAUCGUCUAUUAUUUAGACUCCUUGGAUUAUGGGAAUAUCAGACGUCGUAUACAAAAUUGAUUUAUGUUUGUUAUAUCAAUAUUAGUAUAAUUAUUGGAUUAUCUGAAGAGAUUUAUAUAUUAUUCACAUUAGAAAGAAAAAUAGCAUCAUACGCUAAAUUAUUGGAAAUUAUUUUGCCUUCUUUAUGCCACGGAUCUUGUUAUUAUAAUCUGCUAAGGAAUGGUGUAAUUAUGAAGAAUAUUCUUUAUCGUAUCAAAUGUGACUGGAAUCACGUAACGAAUCAAACGGAAUUGAAGAUACUGAAAAACAAUGCUCACUUAAGCAAAAAGUUGACGAUUGUAAUAGCAAUUUGCUACUAUCUGUAUAUUGCAUUUUUGAUGAUUCCGUCUUGCUUAAGUAACAUUCAAUACUUUUUUGGCGCAAUAAAUAAAACAGAAUUGAUGUUACCAGUGCGUUUUGAAUUUUAUAUGAAAAGUCAAAUACACUAUUAUUUUCAACUUUCUCUUCAAUACCAAAAUAUAAUAAUCUUUUGCACAGUGGGAGUUGCAUACUAUUCCAUGUUCGUAGCAAUGAUACAGCAUGCUUGUGCACUGUUUAACAUCGUUGAAUUCAGAAUAAAUGAAAGAUUUAAAAGAGAACCAAAUUAUUUCUGUUAUGCCAAUAGUAACGCCGAAUUUGCCAAGGAAAAGGAGUGGCUGGUCGAUAUUAUAAUUUUUCAUAAUAACGCAAAUCAAUUUGUUAAUUUGAUUAAACUGUUUUACGAGAAGACGAAUCUGUUAGAGAUGUUAUUUUUGUCGAUUUUUAUCAUGUUAGAUUAUUUUCAUAUGUUUCAAAUACUUUCUUUUAACAUAAGUAAAACUGAAGGAUUAAGAAAUAUUUGUUAUAUUGUCGUAUCUCUGAUCGUAGUAUAUACAUAUUUUUUUUUCGGACAAAAAUUGAUAGACCACAACAAGAACGUAUUUGUAACACUCUGUCAAGUUCCGUUUUAUUUGUUAUCAUUGAAAACACAGAAAAUGCUACUUUUUUUGACAAUGAAGAGCAUGAGGGUAUGCAAUUUUUCCGUGCAGGGUGUAAAUGAUGUAUCUUACGAUAUGUUUGCCUCGGUAAUUGAUUUUGAAGACUUAAAUAUAUGUCAAAAACACUAA